AUGAGCACUAAUUUAAAUGAAGAAAAAUGCAUAGAAGGCGACGAUAUAAAAUAUGAGAAACCUGAUACUCACAAAAAUUUUUGGAAAUCCUUUGGCUUAAAUAAUGAAGCAGGUAAGUUAUUAUAUCACUUAUAUGGGGAAAGUAAUAAAAUAAAACCUAACAUUUUAAGUUCUAAACAUGAUAGAGAUAAAUAUAAAAAUGAUAAAAAGAAGGAAGAUGCCAAAUUGAAUACGCCAUAUAGAAAACCUCAAAUACAUUAUCCAUCCUUAAAAAAAAAGGCGGUGAAAGAAAAUCAAAUCGACAGUAUAAAGCAUAGAAAGCCUUUGUCAAAAAUUUUAGAGGAGACACAAAAUUAUGAUUGUAUAAAAGAUAUUCCUAUAUCCAUUGGUAUGAAUAGAGAAACGGAAAAGAACAAAUUACAUAACAUUUUUGUCGAAGAAAAAUGUCUUAUGGUACCUCCAAGUUGUGCUCCGAUGAUAUUAACACAAGAAGAAAAAAAAGAAAUUAUUGAAAAAGCUCAACAAAGAUAUAUUUAUAUAAAUGAAGAAAAUAAAUCUCGAGAAGAGAAACAUAUACAAGCAUUAAGAAAUUAUAAGUUAGAAUUAAUACAAGAAUUAAAUGAAAAAAGAAAAUUAUUACAAGAUAUAAUAAAUGAAGAUAAAAAUAUUCAAGGGAAUAUUUCUAUAAAUCAAAGUGAUAAAAGAGUAUCAAAUAAAGGCAAUAGUUAUAACAUUAUUCAAAUUAAAAAUGAUAUAGAGCAAUGUCAAAAAAGUAUAAAAAAAAUUGAAGAUAAUUUAAACACAUACGAAUAA